AUGGCGAGUGAAUACAGAUGCGUGGGAUGUGGGUUUAGGGUUAAGUCUUUGUUCAUUCAAUAUUCUCCUGGAAACAUUCGUCUCAUGAAAUGUGGAAAUUGCAAGGAAGUAGCGGACGAGUAUAUCGAGUGUGAACGCAUGAUUAUUUUCAUUGAUUUAAUUCUUCACAGACCUAAGGUAUAUAGGCACGUUCUCUACAAUGCAAUUAAUCAAGAAACUGUGAACAUUCAGCAUCUGUUGUGGAAGUUAGUCUUUGCGUUUCUUGUUCUAGACACUUAUAGAAGCUUGCUACUGAGGAGAACUCAUGACGAAUCGAGCUUGGUUCUUAUAUCUGUAAAGGUUCUAAUCGGAGUCAUAUCUUCAAACGCUGCAUUUAUCUUCUCUUUUGCCAUCGCGGCUAAGGGUCUGCUGAAUGAAGUUUCCAGAAGAAGGGAGAUUCUUCUAGGGAUUUUGAUCUCGAGUUACUUCAAGAUAUUUCUGCUAGCUAUGCUGGUAUGGGAGUUCCCAAUGUCAGUGAUCUUCAUUGUAGAUAUACUAGUCUUAACAUCAAAUUCCAUGGCUCUUAAAGGUCAGACCUUAAAAAAAUGUUCUUAA